CCAAAUAGCCCAGGCCCACUCCUUUUUCUUUCUGCAUCUUUUUUUUUUCUUUCUGUUUUUCUAUUGCUUUCUUGUCUCUUCUCGCUCUCAUAGAUCGCCGGCGUCUUCUCCGUUCAAGUUGCAGUCUCAACCUCCCCGGCGUCGCCACCCAUCUCUCUGGGGAUAAUGGGGCGGAAAGCUGGCGGGCUUUAUAUCAACCCGAAGAAAUUUGGUUCUCUUCAUAAACCUUGCAUGCAGGAAAUGAUAAUGUUUCUCAACUGUUUGACUUCAAACCAUGGCGACAAUGAUGCAUGUGCUAAGCAGAAGGAACUAUUAAAUACCUGUUUGGAUUCUCAGAGUAAAAAGAACAGAAAGUCUUGGGGGAGUAUCAAUUAUCAACUGCAGAGGCUUGGCCGAGGAAGGAAGUAGUUUGAGAUUUUCAGAUAUGAAUCAAUUUUACAAUUCAAGGUGGAUUUUUGGAAAGCUUAGCAUGUUAUGGCAAUGCUUUGGUUGUCAAGCUAAAAUAAACAUAUUGUAACUUGUAUUUUAUCUUUAAAUAUCUUGAUGAUGAAAUUUCUAGUUUUUCAAUAUUUUAACCAUUCAAUUAAGUUAAAACUUAAAAGAGGUUGUGGAAUUAUGUUGUAGAAUGCCAAUGUAAUUUCUUUUCUAUAUCAAUUAAAGCUCCAAUGUGCUGCAUAUCAUUUA